GUUGCUCACCCUGACCCUUCACUGGAUCUCUCCAGUGUGGGGCAUUGGGAUCUCAACAACUUGUGUAUCAUGGCUGCCUUACCCACCUGUUCCAGUUCUGAAGAACAAGAAUUCCUUCAUGGAUACACCAAUGCCCACCUAGCAUGGGAUGCCCUCAAAUCAUGUCAUGAGAAGGUUGGACCCAUUGCCCAGAUUCUCCUUAUUCAACAAGCAUUGGCAAUCAAGUACGUUUGUUCAGAAAGGCUUUCUACCACUAGCACUACUCUCCACGACUUAGUAUGUUGCAUCUACACCAUCAGUAUUCCCAAGGAAGAAGACUUCCUCACCAUUAUGAUGCUCAAUGCUAUGGCUGAGGAUCUUCUGCACAUCCAGAAUCAUAUUGCUGACACUCUCACCACCAGCACUAUCACUAACCCUUAUGGUCCUUCCCACAUCUGCUCUUGCCUUGAUGUUGAGCAACAGUUG